CAUCGACCAGAUCAUACUUAACGGUCUACGGUCCAGACCAAACUGUGCGAUACGGUUUGGACCGAGGUUUUUCUAACGAUCUGGUCUAUUUUCCCAGCCCUAGUAUUUACCCUUAUUUAUUUAUCAUUGAGGUGGUGAAACAGUAACUUUUAGGUGAUUAGUUAAACUUCCAUAAAACAAGAAACCUAUAUUCUUCUUCUUAUACUGUAAAACCUGUGCAGUUACAGUAUUACUGGAAGAACAUUCUUCCACUUCUCAUAUUGUUGCAAAGUUUUUUGGGAACAAACAAACCUUGAAAGUUGAAACAGUUGAGCUCUUUUUUUUUUUUUUUCUGUCUGAGUCAGAUGAAACAGUAGAGCUCCUUUUAUCACAAAAGAAUUAGGCAAACAGUUGGUUCUCUCUCUCUCUCUAUCUCUCUCUUGAUUCGUUUGUUUAUGAAUUGUGAAGAAGAACGCCCCCUGAGUAAAGACGUAAAGAGGUGAAAGGAACACCUCUAUUUAUGCUUGCUCACCAAACACUAACUUCUCAUCCUUCACGCCAAAAAUCCGUCUUCUCUGCCCUGCAACAAGCCUCUCACUCUCUCUCUCUCUCUCUCUCUUCCCCUGCGUUCCCUUGUUCCUCAUUUGGCCUUGCCCCCGUUUCCCAUUAUAGCUUAAGCUCACUAUCCUUUUCGUCCUCCUGUCUUCGUAAAACUCUUCUUCUGCUGUUUCUCUACUUCCAAUCUCAGGUCAUUUUACGUACCCGCAACUCUCUUCCGCUCUUUUUCUCUUUCCACACAUAUAUGUAAACUCCGCUUCUUCUGGUCUUCCAAGUGUUUGUGUUUUUGCGUCAAAGGGCGGUGUUCUCUUCUCAAUAAUGUAAUCUCGAUUAAAGUUGCUCUCUUUUGUUUCUUUUCUCUUCUGAGUUAAUGCCCAUUUGCUUCAAAGUGCUUUGAAUCCGCUUGUCCUGUUGAUUUCAAAUCAUGGGCUGUCGUUAAAUCUUCCUGGUUUAGCCCCUCUAGAAUUUGUGGCUUGCUUUUGGUUCAUGCCCAUUUGGUGUAAAUAGUUCAAAAAGUCUGCAAAAAUGCAGGUUCUGGUAAUGGGGUUUCGUUAAGUUUGGCAGGUCUUUUGUCUUCCUAAGCCUCGCUACUUUUGAAAUUUAACAUAGGGGCUUUUUUUAAUUGUUUCAAAUUCUAACAUGUAAAUCCUUAAUCUCUCAAAGCUGCUUUGCUCUCCUGUCUUUGAUUGAAGGGAAGUCUUUCCUAAUGGUGAAGUAGAAAAUUAGGUGUUCAAUGGAUCUCAAUCUCAUUGAAGUCAAACGCUAGUUAGAAACAGAGCAAAUGGAGAGCAUCUGUUCUUUCCGUUAGUUCAGGCUGUUCUGUCUCAUCAUGCCUUCAGUGCGCUAAAAUCUUCUUGCUUUUUCCUUUUUUUUUUAACUGAAAGUGAUUUGAUCACUGCUAAUCGAUUCUUUUGUUCUUCACAGUGAAGAUUCUUAAACAUUCAUUCCUUUAUAUACGCAUCUCAACUGUUAGAUUUUCUAGAAUUUUAAACUAUACACAUACAGGAUUCCACACAAAUAAUCAUGGGUCAUUUUUACUAUUACCUCCCUCCUAAGACCCUGGCCUUCGUUCUUGUUGUCCUUUCCCCCAUGGCUCCUUGUUAAUCUUCUUCUUUAUGCAAAUUUAGUUUCUUUGUUGGCCUCUCGAGUCCUAGUCUUGGUUGAGUCUGGUUCAUCUUUGUUGGGGAUAGAGACUGUGGGCAGAAAAACAUCCUAUUUCCUUUUGAUCAAAACCUUAAGUUUCAAUGGAGGAGACAUUUGUUCCAUUGCGUGGUAUAAAAAAUGACCUCAAUGGAAGGCUUUUGUGCUACAAACAAGAUUGGACAGGCGGCCUCCGUGCUGGUAUAAGGAUCCUCGCUCCAACGACUUACAUUUUCUUUGCUUCAGCAAUACCAGUCAUAUCUUUUGGAGAGCAGCUUGAAAGAAAUACAGAAGGAGCUUUGACUGCAGUGCAAACUUUGGCAUCAACAGCACUAUGUGGGUUCAUUCACUCAAUUGUUGGGGGACAGCCAUUGCUCAUACUUGGAGUAGCUGAGCCAACAGUGUUAAUGUACACAUUCAUGUUCAACUUUGCUAAGGACCGCAAGGAUUUGGGGCCAAACCUUUUCUUAGCCUGGACAGGAUGGGUCUGCGUGUGGACUGCUCUCCUGCUUUUCUUGUUGGCAGUAUUGGGCGCUUGCUCUAUAAUCAACAGAUUCACUAGGGUUGCUGGUGAAUUAUUUGGUCUACUUAUUGCAAUGCUCUUUAUGCAGCAGGCCAUAAGAGGAGUUGUUGAAGAGUUUGGCUUACCUGAGAGAGAAGACCCUCGUGAGACUGCACUGCAGCCUGCUUGGCGUUUUGGGAAUGGAAUGUUUGCUUUGGUCCUAUCUUUUGGUCUUCUUCUGACUGCACUAAAGAGUCGCAAGGCCAGGUCAUGGCGCUAUGGAACAGGCUGGUUGAGAGGACUCAUUGCAGACUAUGGUGUUCCAAUCAUGGUUGUUGUGUGGACUGGCCUAUCUUACAUACCAGUUAGAGAUGUUCCAGCCGGAAUCCCUAGGCGUCUCUUCAGUCCAAAUCCAUGGUCUCCUGGUGCAUAUUCUAAUUGGACAGUUGUCAAGGAAAUGGUGCAUGUGCCACCCUUGUAUAUCAUUGGAGCCUUUAUUCCUGCAACCAUGAUUGCAGUGCUGUACUACUUUGAUCACAGUGUUGCUUCACAGCUUGCUCAACAGAAGGAGUUCAAUUUGAAGAAACCGGCUUCCUAUCAUUAUGACCUCCUUCUUUUGGGAGUUUUGGUCAUAGUAUGUGGGCUACUUGGCAUCCCACCUUCAAAUGGUGUUAUCCCACAAUCGCCAAUGCAUACAAAGAGUCUGGCUACCCUGAAACAUCAGCUGUUGAGGAACAAGCUCGUGUCAACAGCUCGAAAAAGCAUCAGUAAAAAUUCAAACCUCGGUCAGUUAUAUAGGAACAUGCAAGAGGCAUACAAUGAGAUGCAGACUCCAUUGGUCUAUCAACAACCAUCUGCCCUGGGAUUGAAAGAGCUGAAAGAAUCCACCAUUCAAUUGGCUUCAAGCACUGGCUACAUAGACGCUCCAGUUGAUGAGACUGUCUUUGAUGUUAACAAAGACGUCGAUGAUCUCUUGCCCGUUGAGGUUAAGGAACAACGCCUGAGCAACCUGCUUCAAGCUAUAAUGGUUGGUACAUGUGUUGCUGCCAUGCCUCUCCUGAAAAAGAUCCCAACUUCAGUUCUUUGGGGAUACUUUGCUUUCAUGGCCAUCGAGAGCUUGCCUGGAAACCAAUUUUGGGAGAGAAUCUUGUUGCUUUUCACUGCUCCCAGCCGCAGAUACAAGGUGCUGGAGGACAGUCAUGCAACCUUCAUUGAGACGGUGCCAUUCAAGACAAUUGCUUGGUUCACCUUGUUCCAGACAGCCUAUCUACUUGUAUGCUUUGGGCUGACGUGGAUCCCCAUUGCUGGAGUCCUUUUCCCACUCCUCAUCAUGCUUUUAGUCCCGGUGCGUCAGUAUCUACUGCCCAAGUUCUUCAAAGGAGCCCACCUUCAGGAUUUGGAUGCUGCAGAGUAUGAAGAAGCUCCUGCAGUCUCCUACAACAUCGCAUUUGAGGAACAACUUGGUCAAACCAGAACGCCUGAAAUCGACGGUGGGGAAGUUCUGGAUGAGAUGAUCACAAGGAGUCGUGGUGAGUUCCGACGUGUGCAGAGCCCCAAACUGACAAGUUCAACUCCAGGUUCCUUCGAGGACAUCAAGCCUGCAUUUAGCCCGGGAUUGUCACAGAGGCGACACAGCCCACGUGUCCGCGAGCUCAAGUCAGAGUGGAGCCCAAGGUACGGAGGGAAGGGAAUCGAAGUGAAGAAAACUCCGAGCCCUGGGCCAGGACCAGGACCAUCUACCCUUGGCCAGGGCACCCCUGGCUCAUCCGUUUAAGUGAUCAUCCCCUUCUACCUUCCUUUAGUGAGUCCAGCGCCAGCAGCGAAUUUGAACUCGAGAGGUCUUUUUCGUUUUUUGUAAUGUGUAUCGACUAAGUUGGGUGUGCUUGUUUGUCUCGUUGGUUCCAAGCAUUGAGUUGAGUUCCAUUCCAUGGAUCUCUGUAUCAGUUUCAGUAUUGUUGUUUGGUUAUGUCUUAGUUGUAAGCUUGUGGGCAGAGGACAAAUUCAUGCAUGAAUGAAUGCAUUAAAAAUGCAUAUCAUAACAAGCAAGUUGUGAUGGUUAUGGCACUAACUAGCAACUAGCAAGCAUGGUUUGGAGACCGAGAAAUCUACUUUAAACCAACUUGGGGGAUUCAAAGCUGAUGGGUUUUAGCAAGUGGCUUAUCCUGAUGCAUCGUGGGGAACAAGAGAACAAACAAUUCAUUUAUGGUGCUUUAUUAAAGAGGUUUAGCUUCCUAACUGAAAUCUAGUCACGAUUUGCUGCACAGCUUCCUCGUCGAGUGGAUUUUACUUUCAUUACGUCAAGAAAAAAGAAGUGAAAUCUCUUCCAUUCUCCAUCUGGGGGCCGACAACCAAUUUUCAGUCAUUCCCUUUGUGGAUCUUUGCUUAAAUCUCUUCCAUGAAGAUGAUUUCUCCAUUCUCUGAUAUGUUUUCCUCGUAUCUGGAGUCUCUUUUGUCUUGGUGUUAAAAGGGUUGAUGCCUUCUGACUUCAACAAUUCUUCAUCUUUUCAUUCUAUCUGCCUACCUCCUUGCUUCUCACAAUACAUCGUGUGAUUCAGAGAUGUUGUAGUUUUUCGUGUAUCAGUUCGAACUCGGUGUGGACUUAUGCGAUUUUCGGUUUUUGAAGAUCACAAAAAGUUAUAGUACGGAAUAAAAAAAAUCGCAUCAAUUAAGUAAUCGAGCACAAAAUUGCAUCGUUUGAAGUUUGAAGUGUGUUAGGUGUAAAUCGUUGGACAAGGCAAGAUCGUUGGAGGCAUCAACGAUCCGGUGGAUUGCUUUAGUUGGCCGAAUUCCAGGCUUGUUCGGGGCGUUUGGCCAAGAUCAAAACUGGUUCGCAACCUACUCCAGGGAACCACUACCUAGAUCAUUUGAUACACCAGCAAAUCACGCCAAACUUUUAGUGUAAAUGUGAUCAGUGUCAGAUCCAAUAUCUCUUCCAAAAAUUAAAUUUAAAAAAAAUUAUAAAAAAUCUUAAAUAAGAGAAUAUCCAACUAAUACAAGUUACAACAAAAGUCUUUUUAAUCCACAUAAAAUAACUCAUUAUUCUUAACAAAAUAAUACUAGUUCUCCAAAUUUCGGUCCGCGCUCGAAAUUCCGUGACCAAACUCUUUAGAAUAAAAUUGUGUGUUAGAAUAUGGCAGUGGCGGAUCCAGGGGUGGCCACCCCGGGCCCCGGCCCAGCUCUCCUCUGGAUUCGGUGUUAAUAUAGUCCUUAUUAAUUU